CUUGUCUUCUACCGAAACCAAUACCGAACCACCACCUAAUUGGUUUGACGAAACGAAACUUAGGUCUAUUAUAACGUACUUCUGAUAAAGCAGAUACAUGCAUCAGCACACUGCUUUGAAAUAAACUGCUUAGCGAUUUCGACGCAUGCCUCGGAGCUCCGGUAUCAAACAUAACUUCAUCCGUUGUCGUAUUGUAACGUUAGUGCUUUGAAAAUUGGAUCUAUUGGCAUCGGAGCUCAGGUGUCAAUCGUCCCAUCACUACAGAGACGUGGAGAAGUGAAGUACAGUGAACUAUGAAGCCGGGUCGAUGGAAAGGUCUCAGCUGGGUCCAAUUUUACUUUUCACUGCUCUGUGUCAUUCUGGACUUCCAGUUGGAUGGUGUCUCGGGGGAUAACGUGGAGAUUGAGAAACACCGUGAGAUGGGCCGUAAACUGUUGGAAUCUGGUCAACUUGCUGGGGCCCUGUCCCACUACCACUCUGCAGUGGGAUCAAUUUCCUCCUGCAAUGAAAUGGUUCAUAUCAAGAUCCAACAUCUCUACCUGACCUACUAUGAGCGGGCAGCUGUGUUUCUGGCAAUGGGGAAGUCCAAGUCAGCCCUGUCGGACCUGACCAGAGCUAUCCGACUCAAACCAGAUGACCUCAUUGCCAGACUGCAGAUGGGGAAUAUCUUCCUAAAGAUGGGCAACACCCAGAAGGCCCGGGAGAACUUUCAGGCUGUGCUGCAGCGCUCCCCUGACCAGGAUGAGGCGCGGCACCAGCUGAUGAGGGCCAACGAGCUGGAGGAGCUGCAGGAAAAGGCCCACGCGACCCACCACAGCAGAGACUACAGGACCACCAUCAAUGUGUUGGAUCGGGUUUUAGUGCUGUCCCCCUGGGACCCUGAGUCUCUGGAGCUCCGGGCUGAAUGCUACAUCCACCUGGGAAACACCAGGAAGGCCAUCCAGGACCUGACUCCCACCGCCUGGCUGAGGAAUGACAACCGUGCUGCCUUCCUCAAGCUCAGUACCCUGCACUAUAGCCUGGGGGAGAACAAGGAGUCAAUAGGUCACGUCCGGGAGUGUCUGAAGCUGAACCAGGAUGACAAGAAGUGUUUGUCCCACUUCAAACAGGUGAAGAAGCUCAUCAAGCAGCUGGACUCUGCCGAGGAGCAUAUCAAGGAGGAGAGGUAUCAAAUGGCCAUAUCCAACUAUGAGUCAGUGAUGAAGACAGAACCUAAUGUCCCCUACUACACCAAUAAGGCAAAAGAGAGGAUCUGCUUCUGCCUGGUCAAGGAAAAGAUGGCUGCUAAGGCAAUAGACAUCUGCUCUGAAGCCCACCAGAGAGAUCCACGCAACAUCAACAUCCUUCGAGACAGAGCUGAGGCCUUCAUCCUCAACCGGGACUACGGUGAAGCAGUGGAAGACUACGAGGAAGCGAUGGAGUUUGACAUGGAGAACAAUGAGAUCAGGGAUGGUUUAAAGCGAGCCCAGGAACUGCUCAAGUUCACCCCAAAGAAAGACUAUUACAAGAUCCUAGGUGUCGAAAGGAGUGCCAACAAAGAGGAAAUAAUCCAUGCAUACAGGCAGCAGGCCAGAAAGUGGCAUCCUGACAAGUACAGAGUGGAUUGGGAGAAGAGGAAGGCAGGGAAAAGGUUCAUUGACAUCACCUCUGCAAAAAAGGUGCUCACCGACCCAGCCUCUCUUCAGGACCUGGGGACUGUGAAGAGGCCUCUGAUUGCAUGUCUUCUGUUGUACUGAGUGUCCGUCCUGUGUACCAACUGCUUGAACAGACAGUUUGGUACAUUUUAACGCAUCAACACCUCAACACAAAGACCAAUAGUUGCGAUACAGUCAAUCUCUCCUCAACUUUGAGCCUGGAGAGACUGACAUGCGUACCACUGACAUUUGCCCUCUGUGUACAUCGAAGUGCAAUACAUACCGCUCUGUUCUGGACCAACUGGAAUUUUUCACCCGAGUGGUCAAAGACACAAAGUCCUGUAUAGGUGUGCUGUUCAGUCCUCCCAUCUAGACCCAGGCUGUUCAUGCUGUCAUUACAUUCCUCAAACUACCCAUGUUGUUGUUCUUUAGGAUGUUGGUCUGCUACUUUUGCUUUGUGGUUGUGCCAUUUUCUUCCGCCUCAUUCUUCCUCGAAGGGCUUGUUUUGGUAGCAGCAUGUUUUGGUUUCUGCUCUGCUAGAAGAGCCUGGGUGCUGGACUGUUUCUCCAUUAUUUAAUAACACUAUAGGCCAAGCUCAAGUAGCAUAAAAGCAGAUUCAGAAUGACACCCAAGCUAUUCAAACAGAUUAUAAUCAGAGAUGCUUUCAGAAUGUUUUAUACGAGAUGUUUGUUCUCUUCACCACACAAACAAUAUUAAGUGUCUGUUCUGUUUGUUAUAUUUCUAUCUGCGAAGUUUUCAACCUUCUCCACUGAAUAUACCCUUGAAUCUACUUAAUUGACACAACAGGUGUUGUGAAAUAUUUAGUGACUUAAUCCUUCCUGGUUGUGUAUCCAAUCACCAGAGAAUGAUAGAUGCCGCUAGUUGCCAAAAGGCAGUUUUAGCAUUGGCAGUGCCAUUUGAGGACUUAGACCAUUUUAAUGUAGUCAAAUGGGUGGGACUUUCAACUUCAUUGGCUGAACCCUUCCGAUGACCUGUUUGGAGUGGAAUCAAAUCAAAUGUUAUUGGUCACAUUCACAUGGUUAUCAGAUGUUAAUGUGAGUGUAGCGAAAUGCUUGUGCUUCUAGUUCCAACAGAGCAGUAAUAUCUAACAAGUGAUCUAACAAUUCCCCAAAAACUACCUAAUACAAAAAAUCUAAAAGGGUGAAUGAGAAUAUGUACGUAUAUCUUACCUUUAUUUAACUAGGUAAGUCAGUUAAGAACAAAUUCUUAUUUUCAAUGACGGCCUAGGAAC